UUUAGUUUUGUUUUCCCGCACAGUGAGCCUGUGUCUUUUGGAGGAAGGGAAAGGUGGUGAAAGCUCCAGACUAGACUUGUGUCGAAAUGGCCACAGAAAUCGACUUUCUGAGAGAUCAAAAUCAAAGACUAAAUGAAGUUCUUAGGCAGUAUCAAAUGGAAAAUUUUUCCAAAUAUUCAUCAAUACAGAAAGCUGUUGUCAAAGGAGAUGGAGAUGACACAUCAGAAAACUCAGUAGUUGACCAAAGCCUUUUAGCACCUUUUAUUACUGAGUAUGAUAAACAACGGGAAGAGCUAAAUGGGCAGCUGAAAUAUUAUCAGAAACAGGUUGGUGAGAUGAAACUACAACUUGAAAAUGUCAUCAAGGAAAAUGAAAGGUUGCACAGUGAAUUGAAAGUUGCUGAUGAAAAGCCAUUGGAGGCCCUUCCCUUUGGCACAGAGAUAGGAAAUGAAAUAUAUACAGAUGAUGAAACAGUCAGGAACCUUCAAAAACAAUUGCAACUAGCAAAUCAAGAAAAAAUUCAGGCUGUGGAACUCUGGCAGACUGUUUCUCAGGAAUUGGACAGACUGCAGAAACUUUACCAGGAACAUAUGACUGAGGCCCAGAUUCAUGUGUUUGAAAGUCAAAAACAAAAGGAUCAGCUGACCAGUUGUCAACAACUGACCAAGCAACUUCAUGUUACUAAUGAGAAUGUGGAAAUGACUAACCAACACUUUCUGAAAACAAUAACUGAACAAAAUGUGGAAAUCGAGCAACUCCGAAAACAACUUAGGCAAGCCAAGUUAGAUCUGAGAGUUGCAGCAACAAAAGUGGAAGAAUUAGCUAAAGUGACUGAAGAUCUUCAGGGACAAAUGCAAAUGAAGGAGGGAGAUAUGAUAUCUGCCCAAGGAAGAGAGGAAGCAUCAGAUAGGCGCUUACAGCAGUUACAAUCUAGUAUAAAACAAUUAGAAACAAGAUUAUGUGUGACCAUCCAAGAAGCUAACCAAUUAAGUGCAGAAAAAACACGUCUGGAAAUGCAGACCAGAGAGCUGCAAGUAAAGUGCACUGAAUUAGAAAAUGAGAAAUACGAUGCUAUUAUAAGAGCCAGAAAUAGCAUGCAACUCUUAGAAGAAGCUAACCUUCAAAAAAGUCAGGCUCUGCUUGAGGAGAAGCAAAAAGAAGAAGUUAUACAGAAAAUGAAAGAAAAAAUUUCUCAGCUUCUACAAGAUAAUGCCAUAAGAACCAAGAAAGAAGUUAUAAACACAACAAAACAAUAUAAUGUACAGAUUUCUCGAUUAACAGAAGAACUUUCUGCCCUGCAAAUGGAGUGUGCCGAAAAACAAGGCCAAAUCGAACGUGCCAUUAGGGAAAAAAAAGCGGUGGAAGAAGAACUAGAAAAGAUUUAUCAUGAUGGCAGAGGAAAUGAAAAUGAUUACAGAAAACUGGAAGAAAUGCACCAAAGAUGCCUAGUUGCAGAGCGUUCAAAAGAUGAUCUCCAGCUAAGACUUAAGAAAGCAGAAAAUACAAUAAAACAACUUGAAAUUAAUUCCUCAGAAGAGAUAUCACGUUCCCAAGAAAUGAUUCAAAAACUUCAAAAUAUAUUGGAGUCUGAGAGGGAGAACUGUGGAUUUGUCAGUGAACAGAGGCUGAAACUUCAGCAAGAAAAUGAACAGUUACGGAAAGAGACUGAGGACUUAAGAAAGAUUGCUCUGGAGGCUCAAAAAAAAGCCAAAUUAAAGAUCAGUACAAUGCAAAAUGAAUUUUCAAUAAAAGAACAUGGGUUUGAAGUUCAAUUGAGAGAGAUGGAAGAAAGUAAUCGAAAUUCCACUGUUGAACUGAGGCAUCUCUUAGCAACUCAACAAAAGGCGGCCAAUAGAUGGAAAGAAGAAACCAAGAAACUUACUGAAAGUGCAGAAAUUAGAAUCAGUAAUCUAAAGAGUGAGCUGAGUCGACAGAAACUUCAUACCCAAGAGCUGCUUUCUCAGCUGGAAAUGGCAAAUGAAAAGAUAGUUGAGAAUGAAAAGUUAAUUCUAGAGCAUCAAGAAAAAGCCAACAGACUUCAAAGGCGUCUAAGUCAGGCGGAAGAGAGAGCUGCUUCAGCCUCCCAGCAGCUCAGUGUGAUUACAGUGCAGAGAAGAAAAGCAGCCUCCAUGAUGAAUCUGGAAAAUAUUUAAAAGUAUUCAUAGUUCACUCACAGAACUUUAGAGUUGGGAAAGCUGUUGGACUAAAAGUGUAUUGAAAUGGUAAAGCCUGCAGAGAAUGGUUAAAGCUUCUGUCAUUUUGCAUAAGCAUUUUCCAUUCUGUCUUGAGGGUUAUUGGAAAACAGAACAGUGACAGCUUCCUGUAAGUAAAGAAAAUAUAAUCCUAUAUUGAGCUUCAGUGGAGAAUAAAGCCAGCUGAGAAGAACUCAUUGCCUUCAUCGAAGUGUCUAUUUUUUAAUUCCCCUUUUCCCCUUGGAAGACCAUAAUAAUUUUCAAACUCUGCUAAUCAUGAGAAAGAGGUUUUAAGAAAAUUCUAGAAUUUAAUAUUUCAGGU